CAAACCAUAAAAAAUUUUCAAAAACAAAAAAACUAUGCUAGUGAAAAAAAAAGUAUAACAUUAAUGGAGACCAAAAUCUUUUUUUUGCUUUUUAAAUUAAUAAUAUGUGUUGUAAUAAAAAGAGAUUUACAAGAUGAGAUGAGUGGAUUAAGCAGAGAGGAUGAAUGCCUAUUUGAAGGAUCAUACUAUGAAUCACAAACUUGUAAAUGUUCAAAUAUUUUAAAUGGAGCUACAUUAUUAUCAAAAAACUCAGUUAAACCAAAGUGUCUUGGAACAAACACUGUUACUGAUGAAGCAGAAUGUGAAUCCUUUGUAUACCAGAACACUAUAAGUGUUUGCCCUAAAGCUAGUAUAAUAAAAGUGGAAUUAUGGGAAUUUGAUAAAUCAACUUUCAGAGGUAUAUGGAGUUCUGCAUGGAAUACAGUUAUUAAACCAAUGCUGUUUAUUAAUUCAAAAAACAACAUUAAGAUGAACACAACUAAUGCAUUAUGGGAUGGUUUACUAAUAAGAAUAUGGUACACUUGUCCAUCAUUUAAUACAAAAUGUCUUUUGGUUAAAACUCCAGGAGAAAGAACAUAUCCACUACUUCAAAACUAUGGUAACAACAUACUAAUGACAAAUUAUUCUGCAAUAGCAGAUGUGAAAUUAAUAAGUACUCCAAACUUUGUUGGUACCACAAAGCAAACGUUUGCUUCUGCAGAUCCACUAUUUAAAACUUCUAUAAAAACAAAAAUAAACACUAUGCAAAAUAUAACCAUAGAACGAGGAUACCAAGACAAAAUAAAUGACGAAGGGAAUUGCUCCAGGAUUAAUGCAAUCAAUGAAAACUUCCAAUGUAAAUGCAAUGACAUCAAUAAAGGCGGAACAUUUUUGUUAUUUAAAAAUUCUUCGAAUGCAUCAUGCUUGGGAGAAAAAUUAUUAGGAUUAGCAUUAGGAUGCAACAAUAUUGUGAUGGACCAAAGUAACAAACUCAACUCGUCUUGUCUUACGAAUCAAACAUUAAAAAUUUUAAAUGUAUAUGUGUGGAAUCAUCGUGCAGAUGGAGGAUUUUGGGAUGAAAGAUGGAGUAAUAUAUUUGCUGCUACAUUAAUAAUAACAGAGUGGAAUGAGAUAAUGAUCACUAUGGCAACUAAGGAACUAUGGCAUGGAUUAAUAAACAAAGUUAUAUACCAAUGUUCAGAUAACAUCAUACAUUGCAUUGUUACAAAAUUUAAUGGGAUACGAACAUAUCCAUUGGGCAAUUUUUCACUAAACUCAACAAUUGAAGUUUGUUUUUCAAAAAUAGAAAAUCAAAAAUACAACACAAGAAAAAUAAUAAUAACAAGCAGUCUUGUAUUCAUAUCAAUUUCUAUUGUUACGAGUGUAAUUUUUCUAGUCAGAAAAAACUUGCAACAAAAAAAGUUAUUAAAUGAAGAAGCGAAGGUCAAUAAUGAAGCCAAACAUUAUGAAUCAGCCACAAGUGUUGAAACAGUUGAGUACAAGACAUUAGAACCUGAUUAUCAAGUUUUGGAAGACGAUUUUACUUUAAAUGAAAACAUGACAGAAUCUAAUGAAUAUAGUUAUGCAUAUGGAAUACCAUCUUUUUCUUUAUCAACACCCCAAAAUAAAUGUUUACAAAUCGACAAAGAAUGUAAUGAAACUGUUGAACCUAUCUAUUAUAGUACACCAUUAAAUUAAAAACCAUAAACAUUACAUAUUAUGAAUAUUAUGUAAUAAAAAAUUUAUUGUAUAAAAAAAAAGCAAAUAAGGGUUAA